AUGACUGUCUCACUCUUAUUUGGAUUGUUACCGAAUAUUUAUUCUGGUUAUUAUGUAAAUCUGAUUACAACCUUAUGUUCAAUUUGUAAAAUACGAUUUUAUAUAACUCAAUCUUCUACAAUGACAUAUCGCUGGUUUUUGACUAUAGCUUGUAUUGAUCGAUAUGCUCAAUCAUCCGUUAAUGUUCGUUUACGAGCAUUUGCUAAAUCACACAUUGCUUAUCGUAUUGUUAUCUGUGUUACAAUUAUUCUCGGUAAUCUUACUCCACCAUUGAUUAUGAGAACGUCGCCGAAAAAUAAUCAGUCUCAAAUUGAAGAUGAAUCAGUUCGUAUACUUCAAGCACGUGAUUAUCAAGCAAUUGCCAUGCUAUUUAUUCAAGUUAUUUUCUAUAUUACCUCAACAUUACCAUGGAUAGUCUUCACAGUAUAUAGUGCUUUUACAUUGAACGUAUACAAUAAGUCAAACGAUCGUCAAGUUAUCGAAGGAUUUCUCGGAUAUAUAAGUGAAAUGAUCCUUAAUAUAUUUCCAAUGAUGUCAUUCUAUCUCUAUACAUUAACAUCGAAAAUGUUUCGACAACAGUUUAUAAAAACCGAUGUUGGAGUCAUCCUCAACGUAUCGAACCAAUUAAUCAAUAAACCUGAAUAA